GGUCCACUUGAAGAAGCGGCGAUGGACAGCAGCAACAGCAGCAUGCUCAAGGACAAGUGGGCGCUGGACGCCAAAGCCCUCGACAAGGACAUCCAGAACCUCAACGUGGCGCUGGCGGAGCUCGACUCGGUUAAGCCCAAGAAGGCGACGUACGUCCAGCGCUGCAAUGUCUUCUUCGUCCAGAAGCGCGAUCUGCUGGUCAAGGCCAAGAAAGCCGAGCUCGAGGCCAAGCAGGCCGAGCGCCACCGCGUCGGGCUUGCGCUGCGCAACGCCGAGUAAGCGGUAACAUUUGUACAUAGUAAUAUUGGACGAAGUCCUAUCUCGAUCGACUACGAGUCCGUG